GUGCACAAGUAUCACACGUUUCGCAAGAUUUCUCCAAAAAGCCAAACUGCACCCUUUAUUGCCACCGAUACCGGCACCAUCACCACCACCACCACUACCAGCAACAACAACAGUGGUAACAGUGUUGGUCGUCCCACCACUUCGUCACAGUUGCUUAAGAGUCUCCUUGAAUCCGGUGGUGGUAAUGGUGGUGGUGGUGGUGGUGGCGUUAGCUCUCUUCCGAAUACCCACGCCUCUUACCAGCCUCUAGCGCCUUCUGCUGUGCCUCUUCUGUCCGCUCCUCCUUCGACACUGGCACCACCUCCAUCGUCUUCCUUGAGAGGACACACAAGCGCGCUGUGUGGCUCCUCUUUGCCAGUGACUGCGACUAGGUUCAAUCACCCACCAGCUCAUCAGAGCCGUGGAACUUGGCAAUUAGGUGGUCGAGCCAUCGUUAUUGGCGCCUCCAUCACUACGCCUUCAAAUCCCACUCAUCGUCUGCAGUCAAUCGCAAUUACACCGACGUCAACACCACCCUCCACACCACCGCCACCGAUCUCGACGGACGCAAGCAGUACUGCCAAGCCAGUGGAGGUGGUGGCUUCGGAUGCGGUUCCGCACCCAGUGCUUCAUGUGAGUGAGAUGCUGCCAGUACGCAGGCCCCGUCUGCAGUCUCCAUUUGAUAUGCGUGUUUUGUUGGGGUGCCUUUCAGGAGACUGUUGGGUCGUAGAGGAUCUGGUUUGUCUCAGCUUCCUCGUAUUGGCAACAGUUGGCUGUGAACUCUCCUCUUACUUCCAUCGUUGCUCGGUUCAGUGGCAUUCACCGACUCGUCUAUUUUUGUUUCUCGCCCGUUUUUGUACACAUUUAGAGGUGCUGCAGCACUGGGUGUAUUUUUGUAGAUACGCUUCGUAUUGCAUAAAUGCUUAA